AUGUCUGCAGGCAUAACACGAAUAAUAAAAAAUUUCUUUAAAGUUGGUCCAGUAUCAUACUGGCGACAACUUCAACAUAUAGGAGACACAAAAGCAGGAACGUUAGUCGGUGUUGAUCGGUUUGGAAACAAGUAUUAUGAGAACAAAGAGGAGAUUUAUGGGAGAGACAGAUGGGUAGAAUAUGGGGGAACAUUAUAUAAAGAUGCAUACGAAGAUGCCAGCAUGAUUCCUCCUGAAUGGCAUCGAUGGAUCCAUAAAAUAACCGAAUACCCACCAACAGUCGAACCGCCUGCCAACCCCAUAUACAAAACCACACACAUUCCAAAUUUCACAGGAACCGAAAAAGCGUACAAACCUUAUAAUACCACCGCUCCAAAAUAUCAUGCUUGGGAGCCAAAAGGAAUUCCGCCCUCGCCAGGACAGCAAUCACCAGCGUUCCUGGAAAGAAUGAAAAAAGGUCUUCCCACCAAGCAAAGGAUAGAAGGAAUUAAACAGGUGAUUGCUGUCGCAUCAGGAAAAGGCGGAGUUGGCAAAUCUACGGUUGCUGUUAAUCUUGCAUUAGCUGUCGCCUCGUUACGGAGAAAACGCGUCGGGGUCUUGGAUGCUGAUAUUUUUGGACCUUCAAUCCCACGACUAAUGAAUUUGAAGGGUGAACCAAAUAUGACAGAUAAAGGACAGUUGAUUCCGUUGACUAAUUAUGGAGUAAAGUGUAUGUCGAUUGGAUUCUUGGUGCCGGAAGAAGAUUCACCCGUAGUUUGGCGUGGCUUAAUGGUUAUGAAAGCUUUACAACAAUUAAUUCACCAAGUCUUUUGGGAUGAAUUGGAUCUUUUGGUGAUUGAUAUGCCACCCGGAACUGGUGAUGUACAGUUGACUAUCACCCAGCAGGUCGUAUUAGAUGGAGCUGUAAUUGUCUCCACGCCUCAAGAUAUCGCGUUAAUAGAUGCAAAAAAAGGCGCGAAUAUGUUCAAGAAAGUCAAAAUACUUGGAAUCGUUCAAAACAUGUCAAUCUUUAUUUGCCCAUCCUGUCAACAUCAGACACACAUUUUUGGAAAUGAUGGCGUAUCAAAAGUCGCAAAAGAGAUGGACCUUAAAAUGUUAGGUGACAUACCAUUACACACCGAAAUUUGUGAACUAUCAGAUCGUGGUCAACCGAUUGUUAUCUCAAAACCCGAUAGCAUUCAAGCUCAAUAUUACAAGAAUAUCGCACAGAAAAUAAUGUCUGAAAUUAGACAAUCCUCCUCGUGA